AUGGAAAGAGCAGAGAGAACAACAAAUGGUAUUAUACCAAUUUAUUGUGUAGCUCAUAGUUUACAUCCAACGAUAUGUAAUGCAUUACGAUUAUGGCCAAAACAAGCCAAAAAUAAGAAUUAUUUGAUGCUAAUAGCAAGUAACUAUGGAACAGAUGAUUUACAAUAUUCUACUGAAUAUUCUGACGAUAAUACUGAUUUAGAACAAACGAUGGAAGGUGAUAAUCAAAAUAAAAGUGGUUAUGAAUCUAGUGAUGAAAUAAUGAAUUCAUCAUUGACAGAUUUUAGUUCGGAAUCCGAUCAUAAUGAAGAUAACAACAAUGAUCACAGUAGUGAAGAAAUAGACAUAACAAUAGAUGAUGUCAGAGAAUUUAUCACAUCUAUUACUAAUGUUUUACUUAAAUGUCGCAAACUUGUGAAUCAUUUUCGAAGAUCCACAAAACAAACCGGAUAUUUGACAAAAACAAUUGGUAAAACAUUAAGAUGUCUUUCAUUAAUUAUUGAUUGUCCGAUAUGA